AUGAGGUACUCUAUCGUUUCCCUGCUUACUCUCGCCCUGGGAGCCAUUGCGGUUCCCAAGGCCGAUAUCAAGUCUUACAAUGGCUACAAGGUCUUCCGUGUAAACACUCACGGCAACUCCGACGUCACUGAGAAGCUGUCUUCUGUUACCUUUGAUGAAUGGGAGCACGGCUAUCAGCACGUCGACAUUGUUGUUGCGCCCAAUGAUGUGGAUGCCUUUGAGAGUCUCAAGCUGGAGUACACCACUCUUCACGAGGACCUAGGCACUUCCAUCACCGGUGAGAGUGUCUCCCGUAAGAAGUGGAAGCGUCAGGCCGAUGACGAUUCUUGGUUCGAUGAGUUCCACAACUAUGAGGAUCACAUCGACUACUUCCGGGACUUGCAGUCGCAAUUUCCCAACAACUCCAAGAUUGUGUCCUCGGGCAAAUCCUACCAGAAGCGUAACAUCUACGGUCUUCACCUCUGGGGUAAUGAUGGUCCUGGAAAGCCUGCUGUGCUGUACCAUGGAAGUGUCCACGCGCGAGAGUGGAUUGCUGGUCCUGUCUACUCUACCACUGCCGAUAGACUCUGGCGAAAGAAUCGUCAACCUCCACCCGCAACUGCUGCGAACCAGGCAUGCAUUGGUCGUGAUAUCAACCGUAACUGGGAGUUUGGCUGGGACUCCAACAAGCGUGGUGCUUCUACCGAUCCUUGCUCUCAGACGUACCGUGGCGAGAAGCCAUCCGAUAGUCCCGAGAACCAGGGACUCGACAAGUUCGUUCGCCAGCUGCGUGAUACUGUCGGUAUUGUUCUGUACAUCGACUUCCAUAGUUACGGCCAAUACAUCCUGUCGCCCUUCGGUUACAAGGAGGAUCUCUAUGCGCCUGAGCUUGGAAAAUGGACCAAGGCCGCUGCACUCGUCAGUGAGGCUAUUCGCGAAAGCUCCAAGGACCAGACUACCUACACCUUUGGACCCAGUGGAGCUGUCUUGUACGUCACCACCGGCGCAGCUCCCGACCACGUCUACAGUGUUGGCGGUGCCAAGUUCUCAUACACAAUUGAACUACGCGACACUGGUGAGAAUGGCUUCGUUCUUCCUCCUGAGCAGAUCCGCCCCAAUAUCGAGGAACAAUGGGCCGGCCAGAAGGUGCUCCUUUCUCUCUUGGACGAGACCUUCUUUGAUGGCAAGGGUCCUGCUCUUUACCAGGGACAGACUUAA